UUGACGGCUGCCACCUCUCUAUCGGCACCAGGCAGAGAGCCUCUUGUAUCAGUGCCCAGUCUGGCAACCGCACGGCUACAACCAUGAACUACAUGACCUUGGACGUGGACCUCAUGAACUACAACCUGGAGGAGGUGUACAAGGAAUUCGGCAACUACAGUGACAGCACGGAGACAGUGGUGGAAAACCACCUCUGCGCCACGGAGGAGGCGCCCCUGCUUGCCUCCUUCAAGGCCAUGUUCAUGCCCUUGGCCUACGGCCUCAUCUUCCUCCUGGGCAUGGUGGGCAACAUCCUGGUGCUGGUGAUCCUGGAGCGGCACCGGCAGACCCGCAGCUCCACCGAGACCUUCCUGUUCCACCUGGCGGUGGCCGACCUCCUCCUGGUCUUCGUCCUGCCCUUCGCCGUGGCCGAGGGGCUUGUGGGCUGGGUCCUGGGCACCUUCCUCUGCAAAACUGUGAUUGCUCUGCACAAGGUCAACUUCUACUGCAGCAGCCUGCUCCUGGCCUGCAUCGCCGUGGACCGCUACCUGGCCAUCGUCCAUGCCGUCCACGCCUACCGCCACCGCCGCCUCCUCUCCAUCCACAUGACUUGUGCCACCGUCUGGCUGGCCGGCCUCUUCUUCGCCUUGCCGGAGAUCCUCUUCGCCAAGAUCAGCCAACCCCGCCACAACAACUCCCUGCUACGCUGCACCUUCUCCCAAGAGAACCAAGCAGAGACCAAUGCCUGGUUCACCUCCCGAUUCCUCUACCACAUCGGCGGGUUCCUGCUGCCGAUGCUGGUGAUGGCCUGGUGCUACGUGGGCGUGGUCCACCGGCUGUGCCAGGCCCAGCGGCGGCCUCAGCGGCAGAAGGCUGUCCGAGUGGCCAUCCUGGUGACCAGCAUCUUCUUUCUCUGCUGGUCUCCCUACCACAUCGUCAUCUUCCUGGACACCAUGGUGAGGCUGAGGGCCGUGGGCAACAGCUGUGAGCUGAAUGGCUAUCUCCCCAUGGCCAUCACCAUGAGUGAGUUCCUGGGCCUGGCCCACUGCUGCCUCAACCCCGUGCUCUACACUUUCGCUGGCGUGAAGUUCCGCAGUGACCUGUCUCGGCUUCUGGCCAAGCUGGGCUGUGCCGGCCCAGCCUCCCUCUGCCAGCUCUUCCCUAGUUGGCGCAAGAGCAGUCUCUCCGAGUCAGAGAAUGCUACCUCCCUCACCACCUUCUAGGUCCAUGCACUUCCCCACCUUGGUUUCUGCUUCCUUGGGGGAUGCAGCAGCUCCGGGACCCCUCCCGGCAAGAGCUGGGCUCCAAGAGCUCACCUUGGCUGGUGUCCUCAUUUGGGGAUUGGGGUGAACCCACCCCUCUUUCUAGGACAGCCAGCUCCUCUCCCAGCCCCAGGGCUAGACUGGAGCCCAGGGAAGGGAGAGCAGCCCAAAGGCAAAGCGAAGAAGACCUGCAGCCAUCUGCAUCACCUUGGGCUGAGAAGACCCCACACACCUUCUCUCAUCCUAACUUUUCCAAAGCUUAGGAAACAGCAUUUACUUCUGCCCUUGCUGACGGGGAAAGUCAGCCCCUCCCAGAACACACUCCAGCAGCUUAUGGACCUCUGGCCUCCGCAGCAACCCUCUCCUUCUACCCACCUUCAAGGUGGAGGCUGGGGCCGAGGGAAGGCCAGCUGACAACGGAGCAUGGCCCGACAGGUCUGAGUCCCUAACGAACACAGACAUUCUGCAAGGCCCCCGGCCCUGUGGCCAUCUCGACCAAGCAGGAGGCUGGGGCUGACCCAGUUUGGGUGGCUGCCCCUGGCUCUGAGAAGGUGCUGGGCCCUGGGAGGUCUGCAGACCAAGGUCAGGCUCCAGGUACCCUCAGAGGCUCAGCCAGUGUCCUGGGAGAGAACCAAGGCCGAGCCAGCAACAGAGGCCCAAUGGGGGGAGGAAAAGUUCUCUUUCCCUAGCCCCAAAGAGGGACAAGUAUAAAAUGGAACUCAGCUGUUUUCCUCUGUCCGGGGAAGGUCUGGACAGAGCUCCCAGGGUGGGCCAAGGAGGGCAGGAUCCAGAGCCCUGGUGGGUUCUGGGCACUGAUAGAUGGGGAAGGAGAUAAGACUGGUCCUUCCCCCCGACCCUUCCCACAAGCUAGGGGGGCAAUGGAAGCUUCUAGAGCAGCAGAGGGUCCCAGACCACAGCAGAAGGGCUACUUGGCUAAGAGGUAGAAUGGAGAGGUAGCCCCUCUAAGAAGAAAGGAGGAGCCCAAACUGAUAGCCUGCGGGGGCAUCUGGUAGUCAUCCAGAGGCCAGGCCCUGAGCACAGAGGGCAGCGUGAGGGAAGCAGGCCUGGGCAGGGAAGUCCCCCAGCCCCCAGGGGAAGCUGCGGCCUGCCCAGAGAGGAUACUACUCAGAUGGAACCAGAGGAAGCUGCUCUGCGCUGGGGGCCUCUCACGCGGUUCUGGGCGCUCCCUCCCUCCUACGCAGCCUCUGAGCUGGGGUGAGGAGGGGCUUCAGGUCAGGACCCCUGCACUUGCCCAUGCGGGUUGCCCAGCCCCACUCAAGAGCCCCCCACUGAAGAAAUCAGAGGUGUGGGCCUGGAGGCGGUGCCUCCACUACAGAGCACUGGGGAAAACCUGGGGUCCCCCUUUUCUCUCCCAGCACCCACCAGCAAGCUGGGCAGUGGACAAGCUGGACACAGAGGCAAAAAGGCAUGAGGAUGGAUUUUGAAUUUUCUCUUUUUAAUAAAAAGGCACCUAUAAAACAGGUCAAUACAGUACAGGCAGCACAGAGACCCCCGGAACAAGCCUAAAAAUUGUUUCAAAAUAAAAACCAAGAAGAUGUCUUCA